UCCAGCGCAGUUUCUUGGCAGAAGAAAUCGUUUCGUGUGGAGUAGAGUUGGAAUUGUAUCGCAAUCGACACAACCAUGAGUCAGGGGUCAUCGGGACGCUCGGUGGAGCUGAUGGAGAGCAUCUUGGAGUUCAACAAUCACAUCCAACCGUACUUCGUCAGUAGCACCUACGGCAAUGAAACGCUGGUCAAUCGGUGCUUGGAGAAACUUCUGUCCGAUGGGGCCGACGACGGAUUUACGUUCGAUGUGACGGCGUACGAGUGUAACAUUUUCUUCGUCAACCUGCACAAGUUGCUCAGCCAUAGCAUGAAGAAGAGCAAUCUGCUUUGGUCCGUGAUUGGGGUGCUGGAGGUGGCCGUGGUCGAAGAAGAAACGCGGUUGGCGCUGGUGAACAACUUUCGCUUCCUUCCGCUUAUCGCGCGCUUGCUGCUGGAGGUGAACACACCGGAGCAACAGAAGCGUGUACUCUCCCUGCUCCACAUCCUUUCCUACGGUGCCACGGCCGAUGGACACGAGAUCUACAUUGAGUUGCUGGUUCAGAAGCUACUCGGUCUUAUUUCUCAAAACCCGGAAAAACCGAAACGGGACGAAAUUGAGCAGCUAGCACUCUCGAUACUGGUGAACUUGUGCCAACAGGACAUCUCGAACACGUUCGUCCUUAUGCGAAACACACCGAUUUCGGAGUUUUGCCGCCGGAUUAAAGACUUUGGGCUACUCGCCUGCAAGAUGUACACUGUGUUGGAGCAAAACGAUCACAUGAAGGAGAUGGAUCUGCACUAUUUGCUGCGGAUGAGCUUCGGGGAGGUGCGGCUGAUACUGGCCUCGAAGAACAGCUUCAGCCUGCGGCAUGUAGUGGACUUUUUGCGCUACGUGAAAACGAUGCGCGACACACAGAACAGUGAAUCGGUGAGGGUGGCAUUGACGGAUGAGAGCUUCAGCAAGGACGUGGUAACGUUUCUGCAAGAUAUCGAGACAUAUUGGAGUGAGCAGGAGAAAGAAGCGGAACCGGACAGCCCCGUGGGGCCACCGAAGCGUUGUAAGACGAAGGCAGCAAAACUGCGUAAAGAUCGUACCACGGAUGGGCUGUUCGAUAUCCUGGAGUGUGUUGUUUCGCUGAAACCGGACGAUGCCGAGCUGUACCGUAAGAUAUGCGCAAUAGGCCCAAUUCGUCUCAUUCACCGAGCACAAGAGGAUAGCUCGAAAGCGAUCACUCUGUUGCGCACGGUCUUGGAAAAUCAUCCCACCGAUAUGGGAUUUGCGAAGGAGUGUGAGUCCGUACUAGGCACACUAAUGGAUACGAUUGCAAACAACGAUGACGAGCAGCUGGUGGCUGCGUUUGCGAGAUUGCUGGCCACAAUCGGGCGGUUGCUUAAUGCGACGGAUGAAACGAUCGAUGCCGUAGCGGAGCGAUUCCGUCUGCACGUUUUCGGCAAAAUUCUUGGUCAAUCGGGCAAGGUGACGGCGUUUGACUAUUCAGUCGGUGAGAGGACAGCACAGAAGUACCUUUGGUCGUUGCACGCAUUCUACGAACUUUCCAAUCUGUCUCCAACCCUUUGGUACGCCAAAGUGAUGAAUCUUUUGAAGCAAAAACCAAUACAGUUUCUUAUUGCCAAGGAAUUGAACGGUGGCAGCGAUAUAGAAAUGGUGGAGGCUAUACUGCAGAUCACCACGGCCGCUGAUUUCCCGAAACGCAGUGUGGCGCUUAUGAUCCAGAUGCUGAAAAACAGUGGACCAUCGGUCGAUGCUCUUAAACAGCACAGUCUCUCUCCGACGACCAGAAAUCGUUUCCCACAAAUCCCUGCCCCCAACGGGUACACUUUGCUGCGUGCGAUGAGCCGCAAUCUGGAGGAUCGAAUGAAUCAGACAGUGGAGCGGAUACAGGAUGCGAAAGCGACGGGAUUGAUCAAUGUGGAAAAAGUGGAACUGGUAGAAUUCUACACCUACAAAAUCAACAUGCAGGCCGACAUAAUAAAUGAUUUGCGGAACAGUUUGGAAGCGACGACCGGGCAAAUCACAACCCUUAUGCACCAGAACCAGUUGCUGAUGGUGGAAAUUGAAAAGAGUCGAAAGAAGAAUGUGCCGCUCCUGCUGAAAGAGUCGGCAUUGGAAAAUGAAAACCGCCUGCUGGGUCAAGAGUUAAAGGAGAUGAAAUUAGCUGCUGCUUCGUAUGAUAAGAAAUUGAAUCACUUAAAGCAAGAGCACCGCGAACUUCAUAAAGUGAACAGCGAAAAGAGUGAAAAGUGCAUUAAACUUACCAAGAAAAUCGAACAGCUACAGAUGCGGGACGAUAAGUUCGAAAAGGAGAUCAAACGACUCGAGCUAGAGUUGACCUCAAUGAAACACAAAAACGACGAUUCACGAAAACAGCUGAAAGUGUAUGAAGACGAACGACAGAAGCUGGUUGAGCAGCGCGAUGCGGACCGGAAAACGUACGACUGUAAGCAACGGGAGCUGGAGCGAGAAAUUUCGAAGCUUAAGCAUCAGGUGCAACAAUUAGACGACACACUCGAGCAACGCGAUAGUACGAUUGUGGCCCUGGACAAAGAUAAAACGAAUUUGCGCGCAAUGUUGAAAAACAGUGAGGAACGCAUCAAACAGAUUGAGAACGAUCUGAAGGAGAGCGAGAGUGUGAGGGAUGCGAUCGUCAGUCUAGUGAGCAAAAACAAGAAAGUAUGAAGACCCUAUUCGACCUUUUUGGUGAAGACAAACAAUAGAUAGAUCGCCGUUUUGUUCGUCUCCCUACUGAACGGUAUAUUGUAAUGCUCUUAUCGUUAAGACCCCUGCUAUUCACCUUAUCGCAAUUAGUAGUAAAAUAAAUGUUAUUGUAACGAU